AUGGCUUACACUCACAGGGAAUCCUCUGCUCGCGAAAGAGCCGAAGAGCCGUUGGUCGCAAAGCACUCUAGGCCCACCAAGCCCUCUCUCGAGAGUUGGAAGAAGACACUCUACAUUGGCGUAGGUGGAAGCUUGCUGGUGUUGGUCGUCAACUUAGGAUUUGCCCUGUGGGCCGUGCAGCACCACGAAGGAGGCGGAGAUCGACCGAUUCUGUAUACAGGAAGCUGUCAGACGGUUCGGCGACUAAGCAUUGCACUCCACCUUCUCAUCAACAUCCUCAGUACGAGCCUCCUCUGUGCGAGUAACUAUGGGAUGCAAUGCUUGAGUGCCCCGACUCGAAAGGACAUCGACCGGGCACAUCGUCGAGGCAAAUGGCUCGACAUUGGCGUCCCAAGCAUGCGAAACCUCGGCAGAAUACCGAGAAGAAACGCGUUACUGUGGAUGCUGCUAGCACUAUCGUCAUUACCGCUCCAUCUCCUAUACAACUCCAUUAUAUUUUCCACCACAGGAAAUAAUGCCUACGUGGCGUUUUUGGGCAAUGCUUCAAUGGUCGAAUCAGAGUCUCCGGAAAUACCGUCCUGGAACAAUGAAAGCGUUUCGGUGCUUGAGACUCUUCAUGGCAAGGCCACAAAAAACGAACUUUUUCGGCUAGAUAACGAUGAAUGCCUCGACAACUAUGGCCAAUUCUUCCAGACCAAGUAUGCCAGCGUCUACUUGGUGACAAACGCAUCUGUUGAAAUCCAGGUCGUUGGCGCCGGCAAUACUACUUCGGAUGACUUUGCUUCUUGGGUUGCGUCGAAUUAUUCAGGCAACAUCACUGCAGCUCGAGAAGACCUGCCGCGGUGGAUGGUCGCUGGCCGCUCCAUCGAUCAUUGCUUAGUAGAGGAGGCUAGGAUCUGCAAGUUGGGGUACAGUCUUCCUUUGACUCUUGUUGUGAUAUCGAUGAAUGCAUGCAAGGCCCUUCUUCUCCUUGGUGCAGCGUACUUGCUCAGGGACACGCCGCUUCUCACCAUCGGGGAUGCCAUCGGGUCGUUCCUAACUGCGCCCGACAUCAGCACCAAGGGACAGUGUCUUCUAUCGAAGCAAGAGGUUCGAGAUCCAGAUAACGCAGAUAUCAGGUACUACCAGGGCCGGCGUUUCUGGGCAUCUGCAGCAUCUGUCACAAGGUGGCUCGUUUGCUUAAUCCUAUACGGCAUCGCCUUGAUCCUUAUGAUAAACCUAUUGAUUAUCACCAAAGGAACAAAUGGAGAUAUCACCUGGUGGUCCAUGGAACUGGACGGGCUUAGUGGCGCAAAUAUCCUCCACUGGGCAUCUACGCUGACAGGGAAUGUGCUUUUUUCCAACUCGCCGCAGCUCCUCUUCUCAAUCAUGUACUUUGGAUCUAACAGUAUCGUCACGACCAUGGCCAUGGCCAACGAAUGGGGCCAAUAUGCCGUGCGCCGAAAGGGGCUGCGCGUUUCAACCUCGCCACGCGGGUCCCAGCGAACCACUCAUUUCCUGUCUCUCCCCUAUCGGUUUGGGCUGCCACUCGUGCUAUUUUCAGCGGUCAUCCACUGGCUUCUCUCGCAGAGUUUGUUCCUGGUGGUCCUGGAGGCAUAUACGCCGACACAUCUCCGAGACCCGACAAACGACGUCACAGGCUGCGGCUGGUCCCCGGGAGCAGUGCUGACAGCUCUCAUCUUAUGUUGUUUGCUGGUGUUCUACAUCGUCGGACUGGGCUUUAAGCGCUUUCCAUCUGGAAUGCCGGUCGCCGGAAGUUGCAGCUUGGCCAUUGCCGCUGCGUGCCAUGGGGAGUCCGAGUCUCCGAGUGACAUCGCACAGAUGCCAUUGAAAUGGGGCGUUAUGGGGUCGGACGAUCAUUGUGGAUUCUCAUCAGAAGAUGUUGAAAAGCCAACACAUUCUCGUGUCUAUAAAUAA